CGUUGCAACAUGCUUGGUUCCCUACUUGACGAUUUCCCAAAAGUUUGUUAAAGAUGAUUUGAUGCGUAUUUCUGAUGAAGCUGUACAUGGACAAAACAUGCCAUUGUUUAGCAAAACGUGGACUUUAUAUCAGGCUUUGAAGUUGGGUGUUUGAACUUAAUUUGGUAUCGGCCAGAAUCAUCUGUAUUUCUUAAAUUUCAUUGAGUUAAGACUCAAAAUUGUUUUGUGACUCAUAGUUGGGUGAAAGUUUUUAGGCCCCAGAACACCAGUAGAUUCUGGAAUCAAAUUGUAAGAAUAUUCAAAAACGAGUAGUUUCUGCUCCUGUUAAAAAAGAUCGAUAUCAUCGAGCAACAUGAAAAUGUGAUCUUGCUUGAAUGCUCAUAUUUUGGCUUGCAUCAACAGUAAUUAAAUUUAUAACUAAUGCAGCAAUAGUGCAAAAAGUCUGCAAUUCUGCUGUUUACAAUCCCUUUAUGCUGUGUCUGUAGAUUUCUGUGAUAACUAAAUUGCUUGCGUUGACAAAAUCUUGAAAAAGUCUCAACUAAGAUUUAUUGAUUAAUACAAGUCAUUGAUUAAUUCAAAUUAAAAGCUAGUCUUUUUCCAGGUGUGACUUUGCUUCACCUCCACAAUAUCGCCAUCGGCACCUCCACCUUCUUGGAGUUUACUUCAAAAGCGUUUAAUCGACCACAACUUAACGACAAAGUUCCCAAGAAACUUCUGUUGAAUGCUUUUUACCAGAUCCUGCGCCAACCAAUCUCUACUUCCCAAAAAAAUAGGUAUUAUUAUUAAUAGUGGUAUAAUCAUAAGCAGUACUUUAUAAAAUCAAAUAAAGUCAUAUCAGAAAUGGAAGAAAAAAUCAAUACAGAUUCUAAAGAACAUGCUGUUGAAAUUUUACAACAAUUAAAUGAAUAUCGUAAAACUGGACGUCAUUGUGAUUUCAUGAUCAAAGCUGGAUCUGAGGAACUUCCUGUUCAUAAGAAUAUUAUGUCGGCAAGUUCCGAUUAUUUUAAAGCAAUAUUAUCUCAUGAAAAUGUUGAAACAAAAUCUGGUGUCGUUGAAAUAAAGGAAUUUGAUGAAGUUUGUGUAAAAAAAUGUGUUGAUUUCAUUUACACUGGGGAUGCUUAUGUUGCCAAAGAGAAACGUGAAACACUCAUGGGUGUCGCUCACAUGAUGCAGCUGCAAAGACUUUGUGAUAGUAUCGCAAUUUUUCUGGAAGAUGAUCUUGAUUCUAAAUCGUUUUUUCAAACUAAAAAAAUUGCGAAUAUGUACAACUGUAAACAACUUGAGGAAAAAUGCAAUCAAUUUGCAUUGCAACGUUUCGAAGAAAUUGCCCAGUCUGAUGAGUUUAUGGAUCUUGAUGAAAAAUUUAUUUCAUUUCUGAUGGAAUCAAAUGAAACAAAAGCAAAGGAAGAAGGGAAAUGUAAGAUGUUGUUAGCAUGGACCAAACAUGAUAUUGAUGAAAGAAAGGAAUGUUUUCUUAGUUUGGUGAUGAAAUUUCAGUUGACAAAAAUGACUUUGUCAUACAGAAGAUUUCUUGUUGAAAAUGAACCAUUGAUAUUUGAAUCUAUGCAGUCUAUCCAGUCGCUGACUUUGUCAAUAUUAGACAGUCAUGGGGAUAUCAGCUCUAAAGAUUUUAAUUUUAAUUUAACAAAGAAUAAACAGCUUGUUGUUUUUGAUCAAACUUCUCAAAGAAUGCAUUCUCUUGAUGUUGCUGAUAAAACAUGGACACCAAUGCAAACCUUAGAUCAAGCAAUUAUAAAGAAAUUAUAUUCUGCUGUAGUGAUGGAAUCUUACAUUUAUGUGAUUUGUACAAAUGGAUCGUUUUAUAGACUUGAAUAUGAUGAAUCAAAUGCAAAGUGGGAACAAAUGACAAAUACAAAUCUUCAGUAUGCUUGUGUAGUUGCACUUGAUGGUUUUGUUUAUGGUAUUGAGUAUGGAAAGAGCUCAAACAUUAUGGAAAGAUAUGAUCCAUCAAAUAAUAGAUGGACCAGACUAGCAAACAAAUCAUUGAUCCUAGCUUAUGAAUCUUUGGUGGUUGCUGAUGGAAAGGUGUUUUGUAUUGCAGGAAUGAAUCAGCAAGUUCGAGCAACAAACCAAGUUGAGAUUUAUGAUCCUGUCACAUCAACUUGGUCAACGGAUAAUAGAUCAUUGAAUGAAGCAAGAUAUUGUGCUUCUGCAACAGCAACAGAGGAAGGCAUAUAUGUUAUUGGAGGUUAUGUUAAUGGAAAAUCAUUGCUCACUACUGUUGAAUUUCGUUCAUCUGUAACUAAAGCCUGGGUGAUGUUGAAACCAAUGAAAACUGCAAGGCACUGGUUUGGUAGUUGUGUGAUUGAUGAGAAAGUUUAUGUCAUUAGUGGAAAUGGAAAUCCUGCAAAUAUAGAGGAAUAUGAUCCGGAAAUAAAAGAAUGGAAAAUCAUUGAAACAAUACCAGGAAAAAAUAUUUUUCCAAGAGCAACAGUUGCAAUAUCAAUAUAACAUUGAAAGCUUAUAUUCCUGGACAUACAUGGCUCUCAUAUGUUUAUUAAAAAUCCCUGUCAACAUUUCUAAUUUUUUC